AUGUGUACUUCUCGUCUUUGCCGGACUUUUGAUUUUGUUGCCGCACUCAUUGCCCAUUUCUUGUUCGAACUUUCUUCCGGGUACGCCUUCCCGAUUGGCACCACGCCUGGAUGGACAGAGCAAGUGAACAGAGUCGAAUUUCAAGAACCGAAGAAGUACCGAAACUCAUUGGGAAACGCCGUCUACCCUCUCGAGAAUCACGACGCUGCAUUUCUCCGGUUUUCCUCUGGUCUGUCGACGCAGGUGCUCAUGGUGCUAGUUGAAGAUUUUCUGGCGCUUGCAGUCUUUAUUCUAGGCUACCCAGUGAUGCUGCACUGCGCGAAAGGAGCCCGGAGGGGGCACGCACCCAGGUGUUUCCGGCUUUUUCCGAUCCUUUUCGUGAUCGCGACGACUGGGUACCUAUGCGCCGUCUACACUGCGUGCUACGUCGUUCCGGCUUUGGGUUUUCUUUUGGACCACGUAGCUUACUCCGUCUGCGAUCCCGGUGUGGCUUCAACGCCGGAAACGCAAAAGAGGGCAAAAGUCACGGGCUUCGUUGUGUUGACUUCGACGGUGCUGUUUGUGUACAGCUACACCCUCGCUAUGUUCACCGACCCGGGCCUUGUUCCGGCAACUUCGCAGUGGUCUUUACGCCACAACAAGAAUGCGACGGGCCUCUCGCAAUUCCUCCAAGAUCGGAAGAAGUCCACCGGGGAACGAAGAUACUGCAAGCACUGCAAACACUGGAAGCCGGACCGUGCGCACCACUGCCGCUUCCUGGGGAAGUGUGUCCUGAAAAUGGACCACUACUGCCCGUGGCUUGACAACACCAUCGGACUGCAAAACUACAAGUACUUCCUCCUCGCCGUGCUGUACGCCUCCGUCGGCCUAUUAUCCGUCUUUUACAGCCUGCAAACCGAGGUUUUUCGAAUCGUCACAGCUUCAUCAGGGGAAGUGCAUCUGCUGCCACUGUUUCUUCUGCAAUUGGCCGCGGGCAUCGGGUUUUUUCUUGGUAUGUUCAGCCUAGCCGGAUUUUUUUUCCAUUUGUACCUCAUCCGCUUGGAUUGCACGACCUGCGAAUUUACCGAAGAGAAAAGAGAAAAGCAGAAAAUUUACUGGUGGACAAGCUAUCGCGAUGUUUGCGGUGGUGGCCUCUUGUCUUCGCUGCUUCCGUGCGUGAAUCCUAAUGGUAUAAAAUUUGAUUUGAAAUAAGCAUCAGCAUAUCCAUAUGCAUACUGAACACUUGGUGCUCGUGGUGUCGGUGUUGAAGAUGCCCUCGCGUUUCUACUGUAACAUUUGUACGUAACCUAAGUAAUAUCGAAACAGGUAACGGCAGCAAGAUUUACGAGGUAGCGCAGUACGACGUUUCAGGGGCGGCGUAA